AGGAGGAGACUUGGAGGCGCUCCAGUGAGCCAGUAGGGCAAUCGGUGUCAUGAACCUCCUGGCCGGAGGCGGCAGCAGCGGGCGGCGGAGCCGGUACAGUGUAACAGCGGCGGCGAACUACAGUGUAGCCAGCCGGUCCGGUACAAUGUAGCGGCAGCCAGGUGGGAUGCUAUGGAGUACGAUGAGAAGCUAGUUCGAUUCCGGCAGGCCCACCUCAACCCCUUCAACAAGCACCUUGGACCAAGGCAUCAUGAACAGGAACCCAACGAGAAGGCCCAGGAAGUCACUUCUGAAGACACUCUGCCUGAGCUGCCCGCAGGGGAGCCUGAGUUCUGCUACUCCGAGCGCAUGAUGGAUCUUGGCCUGUCUGAGGACCACUUUUCCCGCCCUGUGGGUCUCUUCCUGGCCUCUGAUGUCCAGCAGCUGCGGCAGGCGAUCGAAGAAUGCAAGCAGGUGAUUCUAGAGCUGCCCGAGCAGUCAGAGAAGCAGAAAGACGCCGUGGUGAGGCUGAUCCACCUCCGGCUGAAGCUCCAGGAGCUGAAGGACCCCAAUGAGGAGGAACCCAACAUCCAGGUUCUCCUAGAGCAUCGCUUCUACAAGGAGAAGAGCAAGAGCGUCAAACAAACCUGCGACAAGUGCAAUACCAUCAUCUGGGGCCUCAUCCAGACCUGGUACACCUGCACAGGGUGUUAUUACCGCUGCCACAGCAAGUGCUUGAACCUCAUCUCCAGACCAUGUGUCAGCUCCAAGGUCAGUCACCAGGCUGAGUACGAGCUGAACAUCUGCCCCGAGACUGGGCUGGACAGCCAGGACUACCGCUGCGCGGAGUGCCGCGCUCCCAUCUCUCUCCGAGGUGUGCCUAGUGAAGCCCGGCAGUGUGACUACACCGGCCAGUACUACUGCAGCCACUGCCACUGGAACGACUUGGCCGUUAUCCCUGCCAGAGUAGUACACAACUGGGACUUUGAACCACGCAAGGUGUCCCGUUGCAGCAUGCGUUACUUGGCACUGAUGGUGUCUCGGCCAGUGCUCCGGCUCCGGGAGAUUAACCCCUUGCUGUUUAACUAUGUGGAAGAACUGGUGGAGAUCCGGAAGCUGCGCCAGGACAUCCUGCUCAUGAAGCCAUACUUUAUCACCUGCAAGGAGGCCAUGGAGGCACGACUGCUGCUGCAGCUCCAAGACCGACAGCAUUUUGUGGAGAACGAUGAGAUGUACUCCAUCCAGGACCUCUUGGAGGUGCACAUGGGUCGCCUCAGCUGCUCGCUAACUGAGAUCCACACGCUCUUCGCCAAGCACAUCAAACUAGACUGUGAGCGGUGCCAAGCCAAGGGGUUCGUCUGCGAACUCUGCAAAGAAGGUGACGUGCUGUUCCCGUUCGACAGCCAUACAUCUGUGUGCAACGACUGUUCAGCUGUCUUCCACAGGGACUGUUACUACGACAACUCGACCACGUGCCCCAAGUGUGCCCGACUCACCUUGAGAAAGCAGUCGCUAUUCCAGGAGCCUGGUCUGGACGUGGAUGCCUAGAACACUUGAAAAGGACGCCGGGCACCAUAUCUGCCCCUCCGGCUGUCGCCUGCUGGCCUUGCCCACCAGAUGUGCAUUUGACUCUGGAGACCCCUGAGUGCAUCCUCUUGGCCUCUUCGACUCUUUCGGGCCAGAAGGAAGUGACUGGUGGCCACCAGGACUCAUUCCUCAGGUGCUUGCUGAGACUUGGAGCGCGCAUACCUGGCUGUUUAAUGGGCGUGCUGCUAUAAGGGGUCAACGUGCCCCAUCGUAGGACUCCUUAGGCAGAGGCGCCUGGGCGUGACUCUCCAGGAAAGUGGGGGAGUCACUCUCCUAUGGCACAGAACCCUCCAGGCCUUUAAAACCAAUCCUUCUGCACCAUAGAGAUGGCCUUGUUCCUGUCUAGGACACCCUUACAACUCGUCAGAAACUUCAGUGUGAUCGGAGGAUGCCUCCUGACUGAGUUUUAUCUCUGCUGAGGAAGACUUAGGUUCUCAGAGGCUCCCAACUCUCUUAGUACCUUGUCUCCUUAGGGACGCCCUGCUUUCUCUGACUGGGGCUGUUCACAACAGUGUCCCAUGGGCCCUGCCCAGCAUCCUGAGAGUCCUCCUCACCAUCCUUAAUCUGUCAGUCACAUGUGCUGCCCCACCCCUUUUGUACAAUAGGGAGGGAAGGGGUCUGCGGUGAUGCUCUUGGCAGACGCACCUGCUUCUGCCACAGUCUAGUCCACUUUAUCCUGGUGCUCUGAGCUGGGCAGCUAGGGACCCAGCCUAAGGAAGAAAGUUCAGCCUUCAGUUCCCGUAGGUGGGACUGUAUCCAGGGAGGAGGUUCUAGGCCAGCUGAGCCUAUCAGUCAUCCUUGGCCUGUGUGACAUUUGGGAGAUUAAAGUUUCCCACAGAGGGCUCUGCUCUGCUGCUGCAGUGCUCUGCUUGAAGGCAACCAGUUGCUGGGUGGUGACAUAGGGAGCCUGAGGCCAAGAGCUGGGAAUAUUUGCUAGCCCCGACAGGAGGUCCAUGGUCCCUGCAGAAAGGUCCAGGCUUUGAAGGGGAAAGGACCUACACCUCCCAUGAGGCACGUUUCACCUCCGUGCACACCCCCCAUAAAUCCUACAGGGGAAGAUGUGUGGAGAUGCUCUGUCUGUCUUCCUGGGAAGCAGGAGUUGAUUGCAUCAGCCCCUUGCUCCUUGCCGGUGAAUCGCUGUUGACACACAAAAGCAUGGUGGGCAGAGGCCAGGGCGUGUCACAACGUGGAUUUCCUUCACCUUUAAUGUGGCACAAGAAGGGACUCCUCCACUGCCCAGUCGAAGCUCAGCUUACUCUCAAGUUCGAGGAAUGGAUGGACAGACACACCGCCACCUCCUCCUCACUCCUCUUUUCCAUCAGGUGGCUUCACUCAUGCUGUCUUUUCUGUUUCAGUUCCCCCAUCUGGGAAAUGUUGGGAAAGUGGAGCUGACCUGCCUCAGGGUGAAAGGUCAGGAGUCCUUUGUGUGUGAUGUGGAUCAAUAGCGGUCCCCCUGUCUCGCUUCCCCUUUGGCGUUAAAGAGGGUCUUAAAACCAAAUGCCGUUCCCCACACCCCCAAGUCUGUGUUCCCUGCCAUUGUAUCCCAUCUGUCCUGAGGCUGUUGGCCCUUCCUGAGCCUCCUGUGUAAUCAACAUCACGUUUCCAACUAUAAACCAUAGUGUCUAAAGAAAA